CUAGCCAACACUGCGUAUGAGUAUUGACAGCGUGAAGCUUUUCUCGUCGCCAGCUGGAACUAAAAAUUCAUUUUCGUUUUCUCAUCCGCAACUUGCAGUUCGCUGCCUCUCGCCCAGAAAAGUUUUCCCCCAUUAGUUAUUACUUAAUUUAUUAGCUUUUACACGUGCCAAGUUGUAAACUGCAGCUAGCUAAUCCGUUAUCGUAAAACCAUUAAUCUGCACCAUCGCUGUGAGCUAUGAAUCGGAAGUUACAUAAGGAACGGAUAGAUGGCUAAUCGAAAAUAAUACUGAGGACCCGAUCACAAGAUAUUUCGUCAGCUUUAAUUCUCAGAAGCACUCAGAAGCAGAGAUACAGCGCGUCAGAGUCGGAGUGGGAAAAAAGGAACAAAUAUCAAUCGUCUGGCAAAAAACGAGAGAAAAUAUGAGCUCGGCAACAACAAGACAGAGGCAGAAAUGUUUAAACUGUAGCAGUGGCAGCAACACAAGCACCAGCAGCAGCAGCAGCAGCAACAGCAACAACCACAAAAACUGUGCGCCUAGCAACAAGAUAGAUUCGGCGAACGAUUUCCUUUGAUUUGAUUUGCGCCCAUGCGUCAGCAUUUCCGAAGCCAAAGAAUUGUAAAUAGCACCUAGUUUUUAGUACGAUUCACACGCACAAGUGAAUUCCGGCGAAAGAGCAGCUCCCAAACCUAUAGAUACAUUCAUCAGUAAUACGGAUACAAACGUCAGACGACCAGUUGCUAAAAAGAUAUCUGAAAGAUAAAGAAGAAAUUAACGCACACAAUAUGAAUUCGAUUAAGGCACAAACCAAUGUACCCAGCAGUCCCAAGAAGUUCAAUGUGUUCGCACACGUCAAGUACGAGCACCUGGUGGCCGGUGUAUCCGGCGGAGUGGCCUCCACUUUAAUCCUACAUCCACUGGAUCUCAUAAAGAUUCGAUUUGCAGUCAACGAUGGUCGUACAGCCACAGUGCCUCAAUACCGUGGACUGGGCAGCGCCUUCACCACCAUUUUCCGGCAGGAGGGCUUCCGAGGUCUCUACAAGGGUGUCACCCCCAAUGUCUGGGGAUCGGGCUCCUCCUGGGGUCUCUACUUCAUGUUCUACAACACCAUCAAGACCUUUAUCCAGGGCGGCAACACCACAAUGCCCCUGGGACCCACAAUGCACAUGCUGGCUGCCGCCGAAUCUGGAGCUCUAACCCUUCUUCUGACAAACCCCAUUUGGGUGGUGAAGACGCGUCUCUGUUUGCAGUGCGAUGCCUCGAACUGUACCGAGUACCGGGGAAUGAUCCAUGCCCUGGGCCAGAUCUACAAGGAGGAGGGUAUUCGGGGAUUGUACCGUGGCUUUGUGCCCGGCAUGCUGGGCGUCUCCCACGGAGCCAUCCAGUUCAUGACCUACGAGGAGAUGAAGAACGCGUACAACGAGUACCGCAAGCUCCCCAUCGACACAAAGCUGGCCACCACCGAAUACCUGGGCUUCGCCGCCGUCUCCAAGCUGAUCGCGGCAGCUGCUACAUAUCCCUACCAGGUGGUUAGGGCGAGGCUACAGGAUCACCAUCAUCGGUACAACGGCACCUGGGACUGCAUCCGACAGACUUGGAGGUUCGAGGGCAUCCGGGGCUUCUAUAAGGGCCUCCAGGCGAGCCUCACCAGAGUAGUGCCCGCCUGUAUGAUCACCUUCCUGGUGUACGAGAACGUUUCCCACAUUUUACUGGCCCGGAGGAAAAGGCUGGAGGAGGAAUCCCUGCCCCAGCCGAAGGACCAUAAGUAGGCCGCCGAACCAAACUUCAGGAUUCCGAUUAGUUCCUUAAAGAGUUCUUACCUCAAAGUGACAUUCGCCGAAUGAAUGUCCACAGUCAGCCAUGUUGAGCAUGUGCCUCUGGUUAAAUAUUUUUAGGUGUGACUUGAUUGUUUUCAAAUUGUAAAUACCUUCGUUCAACAAGGAUGCUUCGGAUCCUCGGGCACUCCUGACUAGCUCCUGAAUAGCUAGCACAAUUUUUAAGUUUAAGAAGCUCUAAAUUUUUAGUUAUUGAUAAGAAUUAUACCAAAAUUGUUGUUAAAAAGA